GUUCACACCUGAUCCCGAGUGUGUAAUUUGUUUUUGUUGUGAAGUUUACAAACACUCAGCAAACAAAUCUACUCACUCAACUUGAGUCAAUUGACCACGAUAUUCUUAACAAGGAUCUUUUUUCUUUCGGUGGCGAACUCUUUUAUCAGGCAGAGUCGCACCAUGGCCAGCGGACCGAAAAAGCUGAAACUCGGCGAAUCUUCCAAGCCUAUCGACAAUGAUGCAUUCUUUACAGAAAUCAAUGAAGCAAGAGCCAAGGCUGGAAAAUCAGUGAUGGAUUUCAAAUUCAACAAGAAAAGAAUCAAAGUGCUGUCCAAGGCGUCUGACGUGCCUGAAGAAUGCAAAGGCAUCGUGUACUGGAUGUCCAGAGAUCAGAGGGUUCAGGACAACUGGGCUUUCUUAUUUGCUCAAAAGCUUGCGAUCAAGAACAAAGUUCCACUUCACAUCUGCUUCUGCCUGCUCUCCAAAUUCCUUGGAGCACCCUUCAGGCAUUUUAAAUUCAUGCUGGACGGUCUGCAAGAAGUGCAGCAGGAGUGCAAGAAGCUGGAGAUCCAGUUCCACCUUCUGGAGGGUGAGGCGGCCAGUGUGCUUCCUGCAUUCAUCAAGGCGCACGACAUUGGCGGCGUUGUAAUUGACUUUUCACCUCUUCGUACGCACAGGACCUGGGUCGACGAGCUGAAGAAGAAGCUUCCCUCCACUGUUCCCCUCUGCCAGGUGGACGCACACAACAUCGUGCCUUGCUGGGUGGCUUCAGACAAGCUUGAGUACGGCGCUCGAACAAUCAGGAAGAAGGUUAUGGACAAGCUGCCAGAGUACCUCACUGAAUUUCCUCUGGUGGCCAAACACGAGUACCCCGCCAAGUUCAAAGCAGAGCCCAUUGACUGGACAGCAGUGGAGGAGAAGCUGGAGGUUGACCGCUCAGUGGGUCCAGUUUCGUGGGCCAAACCAGGCUCAGAGGCAGGCCUGGCCAUGCUGAAUGAGUUCUGUUGCAAGAGGAUUAAAUUGUUUGGCUCUAAGAGGAAUGACCCCAACAUCAAUGCGCUCAGCAACCUCUCUCCUUGGUUCCACUUUGGCCACCUGUCAGUGCAGCGGGCCAUCAAAUACGUGCAGAAGUUCAAGAGUAGCCACUCAGAGAGCGUAGCAGCUUUCGUGGAAGAGGCGGUGGUGCGGCGCGAGUUGUCAGACAACUUCUGCAUGCACAACCCGAAAUAUGACAGCAUUGAAGGCACCAACAACUGGGCCAAGGAGACGCUGGAGGUGCACAAGAAGGACAAGCGCGAGUACAUUUACUCGCUGGAGCAGUUUGACCAAGCCAAGACGCACGACGACCUCUGGAACUCGGCGCAGCUGCAGAUGGUGCGCGAGGGCAAAAUGCACGGCUUCCUCAGGAUGUACUGGGCCAAGAAGAUCCUCGAGUGGACCGAGUCUCCUGAGCAGGCCCUCGAAUUCGCCAUCCACCUCAACGACAAGUACAACCUCGACGGCAGGGACCCCAAUGGAUAUGUUGGUUGCAUGUGGUCUAUUUGCGGCAUUCACGACCAGGGCUGGGGCGAGAGGCCAGUGUUUGGCAAGAUUCGCUUCAUGAACUACCAGGGCUGCAAACGCAAGUUUGACGUCAAUGGGUUCGUCAGCCGCUACGGUGGCAAGGUCCAUCCGUACAAGAAGAAGUGAAAGUUAUAUUGCAAUAUGAAAUGUUCCAAAACACACGGAAUAAAUGGUGUUAAAUUCGCGACAUAAUAAUAAUGCAUUGCACGUUAAAAAUUGUUUUUUGUGAUCAAAAAUAGAUAUAAUUGUUUUGUGAAGUCAAUGGCAUCCAAAUUACGAGUACUUAAAGUAUUCAUGCAUUUCUGGAAACUGUGGUAAACCUAGAAAAACAGUAUUAUGUUAUGCUAUGGGUUUUUCGGAAAUUACGGGGUUUCAAAACCUGAUAAGCAGUCUCAAUCUCUCUUUUACACGUUUGUAUGUGAAACAUACGAAUCUCAGUUGAUAUUUUCUUAUAAAUUAAAGCAUUUCUUCAACCUAAA